UGUGCUACCCUGUCAGAUUUUGCUACAUCCCAUUAAAACAGUAGGUAGUACAAUUCGACAACGAAAAAUGCUACCUGUCAAAUUAUGACUUAUUAAUGUCUACACCUACCACAACCCUAAACCUACCCUUACAGUAAUGCAAAUACAGUAAUUGUGUUAUAUUCGCGGUUGUGGCUAGAAGGGAUACAGCUACCGGAAAUUAACAAUACAUAUUUUUUUGUACCUAUUAGAUCGUGUUUUAUUAAUGUCUACACCUACCCCAACCCUAAACCUAUCCGUACAGUAAUGCAGGUACAUUAAAUAUUGUUGUUCAGCAUGAGAAAAAAGACGCAAUAUUAAUGUGCGCAUGCGCAGUAAGCCCUGGAUAAAAUGUCAGGACACCGGAGCUACAAGGAAAUUGUCGACUGUGGUGACGCAAUGAAGACAGCUGAUUCCCGGAUCACGUGACGGUACUGUCAUCAAGCUGUCAUCCAACUUGUAUCGUCUCGUUCAGGAUAGGAAAAUUAAACUCGUGUUCUCGAAUAAAGUGACAAAAAUGACUCAUGCGUUUAAAAACUGUUCAAACCUAAUGGUCACCGGAGCCAGUCGAGGCCUCGGGCUGCAGAUAGUUGAGAGUCUGGUAAUAGGAGGCUUCUCUCCCGGGAAGAUUAUCGCUACUGCUCGCAAUCCAGAUGGAGCUAAGGAAUUGCAAAUGUUGGCAGAAAAACAUCAAAACAUACACAUUAUUAAACUGGAUGUUACAUGUCAGGAGAGUAUAGAGAGAGCUGCAUCUGAGGUGGAACAGCUCGUUCAAGAGGAGGGUCUGAACUGUCUCAUCAACAAUGCUGGAAUUAAUGUAGUUGCCAACCUUGAGACAGUGACCGCAGACAAGAUGUUGGAAAACUUCCAUACCAACUCUGUUGCCCCAUUGAUGAUCACCAAGGCCAUGCUCCCACUGCUGAAGCAAGCAGCUGCAAAGGGCACAGGGAUGGGGAUGGGCAUCCACAGAGCAGCAGUCAUCAAUAUGACGUCUCUACUAGGUUCAAUUGAGCUGUACUGGGGUGAUCGUUCCAACACCUUCAAAUGGUACCCAUACAGAACAUCAAAGAGUGCAUUGAACAUGGUCACCAGAUGCUUGGCAGUGGACCUGGAGGCAGAAGGGAUACUGUGUAUGGCUCUGCAUCCAGGCUGGGUACGCACUGAUAUGGGUGGACCUGAAGCACCAUUGAGCCCUGAGGAAAGCAUUUCCUGUGUGUUGUCUGUGAUUGGUGGAUUGACUGAAAAGGAUCAUGGGUCAUUUCUUCACUAUACUGGUGAACAACUACCCUGGUGAUGCUGCAGAUGUUUUUUAGAUGCAAGCAAUAGAGGCUUUAUUUUUGUUUUGCUAUAUACAACCUGAAUUCCGGAAAUGUUGGGACGUUUUUUACAAUUUGAAUAAAAUGAAAACUAAAAGACUUUCAAAUCACAUGAGCCAAUAUUUAUUCACAAUAGAACAUAACACUUUUAUCCACUAAAUGAGCUAAUUUCAAAUUUGAUGCCUGCUACAGGUCUCAGAAAAGUUGGCACGGGAGCAACAAAGGGCUGAAAAAGCAAGAAAUUUUGAAAAGAUUCAGCUGGGAGAACAGCUAAUUAACAAUUAAGCUAAUUGACAUCAGGUCUGUAACAUGAUUAGCUAUAAAAGGGAUGUCUUAGAGAGGCAGAGUCUCUCAGAUGUAAAAAUGGGCAGAGGCUCUCCAAUCUGUGAAAGAAUGCGUAAAAAGAUUGUGGAAUACUUUAAAACAAGUUCCUCAACAUCAAAUUGCAAAGGCUUUGCAAAUCUCAUCAUCUACAGUGCAUAACAUCAAAAGAUUCAGAGAAACUGGAGAAAUCUCUGUGCGUAAGGGACAAGGCUGAAGACCUUUGUUGGAUGCCCGUGGUCUUCGGGCCCUCAGACGACACUGCAUCACUCAUCGGCAUGAUUCUGUCAUUGACAUUACUAAAUGGGCCCAGGAAUACUUCCAGAAACCACUGUCGGUAAACACAAUCCGCUGUGCCAUCUGCAGAUGCUAACUAAACCUCUAUCAUGAAAAAAGGAAGCCAUAUGUGAACAUGGUCAAGAAGCGCCGUGUCCUGUGGGCCAAGGCUCAUUUAAAAUGGACUGUUUCAAAGUGGAAAAGUGUUCUAUGGUCAGACGAGUCCAAAUUUGACAUUCUUGUUGGAAAUCACAGAUGCUGUGUCCUCCGGGCUAAAGAGGAGGAGACCUUCCAGCGUGUCAUCAGCGUUUAGUUCAAAAGCCAGCAUCUCUGAUGGUAUGGGGGUGCAUAAGUGCAUAUGGUAUGGGCGGCUUGCAUGUUUUGGAAGGCACUAUGAAUGCUGAAGGUGUAUAUAAAGGUUUUAGAGCAACAUAUGCUCCCCUCCAGAUGACGUGUAUUUCAGGGAAGGCCUUGUGUAUUUCAGCAGGACAAUGCAAAACCACAUACUGCAGCUAUUACAGCAGCAUGGCUUCUUAGUAGAAUAGUCCGGGUGCUGAAUUGCCCUGACUGCAGUCCAGAUCUUUCACCUAUAGAGAACAUUUGGCGCAUCAUUAAACAAAAAAUACGUCAAAGACGACCACAAACUCCUCAGAAGCUGGAAACCUAUAUCAGGCAAGAAUGGGAACAAAUUCCAAACACCAAAACUCCAGAAACUCAUAACCUCGAUGCCCAGAUGUCUUCAAACUGUUUUGAAAAGAAGAGAAGAUGCUACACCAUAGUACACAUGCCCCCGUCCCAACUAUUUUGACACCGGUUGCAGGCAUCAAAUUUAAAAUGAGCUCAUUUUGUGCAUAAAAUUGUAAAGUUUCUCUCAGUUUAAACAUUUGUUAUGUUAUCUGUGUUCUAUUGUGAAUAAAAUAUUGGCUCAUGUGAUUUGAAAUUCUUUUAGUUUUAAUUUUAUUCAAAUUUAAAAAACGUCCCAACAUUUUCGGAAUUCGGGUUGUAUAUACUGUAUGUAUAUUUACAUAUUUAAUAAUCAACAUUCUUGUUCAGGGUUAUUUUUAUUUUUCCUGCUUAUGAAAUGUUAUUUUAAUAUUUGGGAUGGUGAAUGUCACAGCAGUAAGAGUGGAUCUUGAUUAAAUUAUUGUGACAUAUUGGCAUUAAAAGCACUGAAAUAAUGAUAACAUCUUGUCUGCUAAAUAAAAAUCUUUUCACCACUUGUUUUCACCAAAAAUGAUCUUCGUAACGUACAGCAGGGUAUGACAGUCCUACAGAAAAGGACAAUAAAAACUACAUUUUAGCCUAUUUAUUUAUUUAUAGCUUUGUAAAGCAUAAAAAUGUGUUGUAGAUGGCUUUUCAUAUUAAAGACUGUACUGACAUUAAAUGAGUUUGCUAUUAUUGUUAAAUCAUAAAACUGUAUAUGUAUGAAUAAAGCUGUAUUCUGUAACUCA